AUGCCUGCCCUGGACAUCAUCGAUCACUCACCCCACCAUCCCGAUCCUUCCCCGCCAAUCCCUACCGCAUCCAAUGUUAUCCUCAUAGACAACUACGACUCCUUUACCUGGAAUGUUUACCAGUACCUCAUUCUCGAGGGAGCUACCGUAACUGUAUUCAGGAAUGACAAGAUUACUCUCGAUGAACUCAUUAAGAAGAACCCUACGCAAUUGAUCAUUAGCCCUGGUCCGGGCCACCCCCAAACAGACUCGGGGAUCAGCCGCGAGGCGAUAAGGCAUUACGCUGGAAAGAUUCCCAUCUUCGGCGUGUGCAUGGGACAGCAAUGCAUCUUUGAUGUCUAUGGUGGCGAAGUUAGUUCCGCCGGAGAGUGGCUUCACGGCAAGACGUCCCCGUUGUCUCACGAUGGCAAGGGCGUCUACGCCGGCCUAAGACAAGGCCUUCCCGUGACUCGAUACCAUUCACUGGCCGGUACUCGCGUCACUCUCCCGGAAUGCCUCGAGGUAACCUCGUGGGUUGCGCUCGAGGACGGAUCUCAGGGUGUCAUCCAGGGAGUGCGGCAUAAGGAUCUCACGAUUGAAGGUGUCCAGUUCCAUCCCGAGAGCAUCUUAACAGCCGAAGGCCGGACCAUGAUUCGAAACUUCCUUCAUCUGCAAGGAGGUACCUGGGAGGAAAAUGCUCGCCUUCAGAAGGAGUCGGCCCAAAAUGGCUCCUCCGCUGCCGCUGUCCCGGCGCGACCGAAGAAGAGCAACAUCCUUCAGGAGAUCUACACGCGCCGCAAGGAGAUUGUGGAAGCCCAGAAGCAGGUUCCUUCUCUACGACCAAGCGAUUUACAGGCCGCCUACGAUCUCAACGCGGCGCCUCCGCUCGUCCCCUUCAUCGACCGACUACGCCAGUCCCCCUUUGAUCUCUCUCUAAUGGCUGAGAUUAAGAGAGCGUCUCCGUCCAAGGGAGUUUUUGCUCUUGACAUUAAUGCUGCCGUCCAGGCUCGAAAGUACGCUCUCGCAGGUGCGAGUGUGAUCUCCGUCUUGACUGAACCCGACUGGUUCAAGGGUAGUAUCGACGACCUCAGGGCCGUGCGGCAAGUCCUUGACGGAGUAGCAAACAGACCAGCGAUUCUCCGAAAGGAGUUUAUUUUUGACGAGUACCAGAUCCUCGAAGCGAGGUUAGCAGGCGCGGAUACCGUUCUCCUCAUUGUUAAGAUGCUAGACACGCCUCUUCUCGAGCGCUUAUACAAGUACUCCCUUUCUCUCGGCAUGGAGCCCUUGGUAGAGGUUCAAAAUGCGCAGGAAAUGGAGAUUGCGGUGAAGCUUGGCUCCAAGGUGAUUGGCGUCAACAACCGCAACCUUGAAAGCUUCGAGGUCGAUCUCGACACGACCGGUAGAUUACGGAGCAUGGUGCCCGAGAGUACCAUUCUCUGCGCGCUGAGCGGCAUCAACAGCCACAAGGAUGUUGUCAUGUGCAAGAACGAUGGUGUGAACGCUGUUCUGGUGGGCGAGGCGAUCAUGAGGGCGCCCGAUGCGAGCGUCUUCAUUCAACAGCUCUGCGCCGGGACGGAUACUGUCCCAGAGCCUGCCAAGCCUUCUCCUCUAUUGGUCAAAAUCUGCGGGACUCGAAGCGUGGAGGCCGCUAAAGCUGCCGUUGAGGCCGGUGCGGAUUUCGUAGGCGUUUGCCUAGUACCGAAAGCGAAGCGGUGUAUUUCCCAUGAAACUUGCCUCGAGAUAUCCGAGGCGGUCCACUCGUUCAGAGGAAAAGCCCCGACUUCCGUGGCGCAGACGAACGUGGCGAGGGACUACUUCGCCGGGGCCGUGGAACGACUCACGAAUUCGGGGCCCAAACUAGUAGGGAUUUUCCAAAACCAGCCUCUAUCCGAAGUGCUUGAGAAGCAGAGGGUCUACAAUCUCGACGUCGUUCAGUUUCAUGGCGACGAGCCUGUGGAGUGGGCGAGACAAGUCCCCGUCCCCGUCAUCCGCUGCUUCAAGCCAGGACAAGUCGGCGUUGGCACUCGCGGCUACCACACCGUUCCGCUCCUGGACUCUGGCUCCGGUUCCGGGAAACUCCUCGAUGUUUCCAACGUCAAGUCCACGCUGGAGAAGGAUGCUGAUCUCAGAGUCAUCCUUGCUGGGGGAUUAAACCCGGACAAUGUGGCGCAGGCAGUCAAGGCUAUCGGUGAGCUCUCCAACAGGGUUAUUGGGGUUGAUGUUAGCAGCGGAGUUGAAGUCGAGGGGAAGCAGGAUCUCGAAAAGAUACGUGCCUUUAUCCAGGCAGCUAAUGAGUUCAGGUAA